GUGAAAAUAGUAAGAAGAAUGAAAAUUAGUUAGUCACCCCAUCCUUGUUUAAUAGUUAUAGGAGACAAUUUAUCCUUAAAAUAUGAUAGAUAAAUAAAAAGAAGAGAAUGAUACACAAAAGAAAAAAAGAAAGAACUUAAAAUGAUUGCAGCUACUAAAUUGUGAUUAGAAAAAUAAACAUGAUCCAAAUAAUAUUCCAAAUUAUAAAAAAAAAAGAUAACAAACUACUUUUCAUAAUCUUUAAUUAUUAUGAUUAUUAUUUUUUAUAGAUGCAUGGUAUUUUAACUGUCUACUUAUUGACUUCCUUCAGACAGUAACAGCAUUAGUGAGUAGCUUCUCUCUCUCUCUCUCAACAACCAUGAACUAGAGUCCCUAAAUUUCCGCCUUCUACCACAAAUCAUUCAACAAUUACAUAACCUAUAGCUGUCAAUGGAUUCUCCGGCGAAGGUCGCCUCUGCAGCACUAUGUUUGGAUUCUGCCGAGAAGAUAAUUCUCCGUUGGGAUUCCACGUCGCCGGAGGAGGUUCCUCCUCUAAGCAUGAUUUUCGAUGGAGACCGACAUGAGAUAGAGUUAUACCUUCAGGCUGUAGAUGAGAUUCAACGCUCCAUGGAAUCAACGACAAUAAGCCACCAUGAACAGGACAAGGCAAGCAACGCCAUCCAGAUCGCCAUGGCCCGUCUAGAAGACGAAUUCCGCAGUAUUUUAAUCGCUCACACUGGACCUAUUCAAUAUGAUUUUCUCUCCGAUCCGAGUUCUUCAACUCGCUCAACCAUGCGAAGAAGCGAUAGCACUUGCAGCGAUUUACACGAAGACCGAUUCCUCCAGGAAGUAUUAUACACGUCGACCAAUGAAUCUGAGCAGCUUCGAAGAGAAGAGAGUAGCUCGAGCUAUCAAUCUACUCUCAGUAUUCGCGAGAUCGAUUUGAUACCCUUUGAAGCCAUUUCUGAUCUCCGUUGCAUUGCCGAGAGGAUGAUAACUGCAGGUUAUGCCCGCGAAUGCAUUCAGGUGUAUGGAAGCGUACGGAAGUCCGCGGUUGACGCCAGUUUCUGCAAACUAGGGGUUGAGAAACUUAGCAUCGGUGAUAUCCAACGUCUGGAGUGGGAGGAAUUAGAGACGAAGAUCCGAAAAUGGAUAAAAGCAGCCAAGCUGUGCAUUCGGAUGCUUUUUGCUAGUGAGAAGAAGCUUUGCGAGCAAAUUUUUUAUGGCUUAGGGUCUGAAACGGAUGAUGCGUGUUUUAUGGAGACGGUCAAAGUGCCUGCACUUCAGCUUUUCAACUUUGUCGAAGCUAUAAGUAUCAGUCGCCGGUCCCCUGAAAAAUUGUUCAAGAUCUUGGACUUGCACGAUGCUCUAUCUGAUUUAUUGCCAGACGUGGAGGAGGUUUUCCAAUCGAAGUCAUCGGAAUCUAUACGAGUGCAGGCUCUAGACCUACAAAUACAGUUGGCAGAGGCCGCAAGGGGGAUUCUGUCUGAGUUUGAGAAUGCAGUUCUUCGUGAACCAUCAAAGACUCCAGUACCCGGAGGUACAAUCCACCCUUUGACCCGAUACGUGAUGAAUUACAUAAGUCUGAUAUCAGAUUACAGGCAAACCUUACUCGAAUUAAUUAUAUCAAGACCAACCAUUGGGUCUCGAAACUCUGGUGAUCCAUCAAUCCCUGAUAUGGAGGAUAUCGAGCUAGAAGGCCGAACUCCUUUAGCCUUACAUUUGAUAUGGAUUAAUGUUAUUUUACAAUUCAAUCUGGAUGGAAAGUCGAGGUACUACAAAGAUGCCUCAUUAACACAUAUAUUCAUGAUGAAUAAUGUUCAUUACAUUGUUCAGAAGAUAAAGGGCUCACCAGAGCUCAGGGAGUUGAUUGAAGAUGACUUUUUGAGAAAGUUAACUGGAAAAUUUAGGCAGGAGGCGACUAGCUACCAGAGGUCAACGUGGGUGCGGGUUUUGCAUUGUUUAAGGGACGAGGGACUACAUGUAAGUGGUAGUUUCUCAUCUGGGGUGUCUAAAAGUGCUUUAAGGGAAAGGUUCAAGACUUUCAAUGUCAUGUUUGAGGAGGUUCAUAGGACACAAGCUACAUGGUCGGUUCCUGACACACGGCUUCGAGAGGAACUGUGUAUAUCCAUAUCAGAGAAUUUGUUUCCUGCCUACAGGUCAUUCUUAGGCAGGUUUAGGAGCCAUAUAGAGAGUGGAAGGCACCCAGAGACAUAUAUUAAGUUCUCAGUUGAAGACCUAGAGAUGGCAGUUCUGGAUUUCUUUGAGGGUUACCCAGUUUCCCAGCAUCUGAGAAGGAGAUCUCAGUGAAGGAGUGUGGAAGAAUAGGUUGUUCAAACCAGCGAUCCCUGUGAUACAUUCUUUAAUUUUUUUUCUGGGGACCUUUCGGGUAGAAGAUCAUUCUGAAGUUCUUGUGAACUCUUGAACUGAAUUGCACAAAAAUUAUCAACACAUGAAAUUAAAUUAUAUUGGAAGAGGGGGGUCAGCUGCGCUUGCUUCCCGGAUUCUUCUGGUCAUUCACCUGAAAGCUUCUGUCCGUGAGCUUCUUUAAGAGAAAUAGGGCUGGUAGGAAUGUGUUCAUAGUAUCAGCAACUAGGCUCAAAGCAUUUUGGGAAGUUGAUUAGAAGAGGAGGUGAAGUGAGAAUUGAUGAAGAAGUCGGUUGAAACAACUGCAAUAUUCUUCUGAGAGUGAGAUGAGAAUCCUCCUGACCUGACAUGGUUCUUAGUUUGUUUACUUGUUAUCUUUUGCUACAUGAGUCUAUUUAUCCCUGUAAGCUAUAACCUAGUUUUUUUUUGUAAAUUAUAUAUAAAUUUCUGAGACUAUUAAAGCUUGUUGUAAAUUAUAUACUUCAAUUGCUGAGCAGUAGGAGUAAAUGCUAGUCUCUGUUUCUUCUCCUUGA